AUGCCUUCCCUUCUCUUCCCUUUCCUCCCAAACCAAACACAAGGGUAACAAACAUUGCCAAAUGAUUUUAAAGGCCAUUCCUUCUCGACUCCCUAAAAUCUCCAACAAAUGCCCACGAAUCAUUUUGUGGCUAAGAUUUAGUGUUACUUCAUAGUCCAGUCCAUACCAAGAGCCAGAUCAACAUGUAUUAUGUACUCUCUACACCCAAAACAAGUGGCUGUUGCACAUAUUUCAGACCAUAUUACCGGCUUAAUUCCCGGCCUGUGUGUCAGCUCCCGGCGACGGCACAUCACCAAACCCGCCGGAAUUUAUGUCUGUCCUCCCAAACAGUUUAGGAAUGGAAACUUAGUGAUUAAAACUGACCAAAAAUUCAAGUGGGUCGUUAAACUUAGCUUAGUAGACCAAAGCCCGCCAAAAUCAACAAUCGAUGCGAAACGCCUGGUGGACUUCUUGUACGAGGACCUACCACACCUCUUUGAUGAUCAAGGGAUCGAUCGGACGGCGUACGAUGAACGCGUCAAGUUUCGGGACCCAAUCACGAAGCAUGACAGUAUAAGUGGGUAUCUCUUCAACAUAGCCCUCUUAAAGACUCUCUUCACGCCUGAUUUCCAGUUGCACUGGGUCAAACAGACAGGACCUUAUGAAAUGACUACAAGGUGGACUAUGGUAAUGAGGUUCAUCAUUCUGCCAUGGAAACCAGAAUUGGUUUUCACAGGAACUUCUGUUAUGGGCAUCAACCCAGAGACAGAGAAGUUCUGCAGCCAUGUGGACUAUUGGGAUUCUAUAGAGAAAAAUGACUACUUUUCUCUAGAAGGUUUAUGGGAUGUAAUAAAGCAGCUGCGGGUUUACAAGACUCCAGAACUGGAAUCACCCAAAUAUCAGAUACUGAAAAGGACUGCAAAAUAUGAGGUAAGAAAGUACACCCCAUUCAUAGUUGUAGAAGCAGAUGGUGAUAAGCUGUCUGGGUCAACCGGCAUUAAUGCUGUUACAGGGUAUAUUUUUGGGAAGAAUUCCACAAUGGAGAAGACACCCAUGACUACUCCUGUCUUCACUCAAGUAAUUGAUUCUGAAAUGUCCAAAGUGUCUAUUCAAAUAGUUCUUCCAUCUGAGAAAGAUAUGAGCAGCUUACCAGAUCCCAAUCAAGAAUCAAUUAGCUUGAGGAAAGUGGAAGGAGGCAUUGCUGCAGUUUCAAAGUUCAGCGGAAAACCUACAGAGGAUAUUGUUUGUGAAAAGGAAAAAGCACUUCGUUCCAGUCUUAUUAGAGAUGGUCUUAGACCUAAAAAUGGUUGCUUGCUUGCUCGCUACAACGAUCCUGGUCGAACAUGGAGCUUUAUAAUGUUUAAUAGGGGAACAAGUGCUAUGCAACAUUAUGUGGCAACACGUCCAAUGUUUAUUGACAUGGAGGUCAUGAAUGCAGACACUAGAUUGGUUCUUGGUGACCAGGGUACAUUACCUAGUCCUAGCAAUGUUGCACAUGGGCUUUCUUCAUUGUACAAAGAAAUCACAGACACUGUUCGUAAAGAAGCAGCCACAAUAAUGGCUGUAUUCCCUUUUGCAAAUGAUGUUAUGUCAAUUUUGGUUCAGCGAGUUUUGGAGCAGCGAGCUACUACACUUCUUGACAAACUGUUGCAGAAACCAUCUCUUGUUAAUCCACCUCCUAUGGAAGAAGGCGGACUUCUGUUAUAUCUUAGAGUGCUAGCAGUGGCAUAUGAGAAAAUGCAGGAACUUGCUAGAGACCUACACGCUGUGGGGUGUGGUGACUUGGAGGUUGAAGGCCUAACAGAGUUUUUGUUUCUUGCUCACGAAGAUCAAUAUAUUGAGCAUGAGCAGGCCUCUCUGAGACAACUCUAUAAAGCAAAGAUGGAGGAACUGCGUGCUGAAAACCCGCAAUCAUCCGAGUCAACUGGGUCAAUUGGACGCUCAAAGGGAGCUUCAUUAGCAUCUUCCCAUCAACAGAUAUCUGUUACCGUGGUGACAGAGUUUGUGCGGUGGAAUGAAGAAGCAAUUACCAGAUGCACUUUGUUGUCAUCUCAGCCUGCUACCCUUGCAGCCAACGUAAAAGCUGUAUUCACUUGCCUGCUUGACCAAGUUGGUCAAUACAUAACAGGACUCCAGCGAGCUAGAGACAGCCUGACUGAAGCUGCAGCUUUGAGGGAAAGGUUUGUGCUGGGCACAAAACUUAGUAGGAGGGUGGCUGCUGCAGCUGCAGCUGCUUCUGCUGCAGAAGCUGCUGCUGCUGCUGCUGGUGAAAGCGGUUUUAGAUCAUUUAUGGUGGCUGUACAAUGUUGUGGAAGCAGUGUGGCUAUUGUUCAGCAAUAUUUUGCAAAUUCUAUAUCUCGGCUUUUACUACCUGUUGAUGGUGCACAUGCUGCUUCCUGUGAAGAAAACAGCUAUGUCCAGUGCAGAGGGUGCUGCUCACAAAGGGCUUCAACAAUGCAUUGAAACUGUUUUGCUGAGGUAGAGCGAUUGCUGUCAGCUGAACAGAAGGUAACAGAUUAUCGGUCACCUGAUGAUGGUAUUGCUCCUGAUCAUCGCCCAACAAAUGCUUGUACAAGGUAUAUCUGAGUAUACAAAGUCUGAACUUGUACUUGAAUUAUCAAUUUGUGAGUGUUCUAUUCCAAAACUGCAUGGAUGCGUAGUCAACCCGUGAUGUUUCACGGACCAUCUGAUGUGAAUCAGUAUUAUUCUUAUGGCAUUUGAAUUGUAACUACUACUUUUUUCAUAACACUGACAAGAUGCAGUCAUUUCUUCGUUUCCAGGACCUUACGUUUUUUUACCUCUCAUCAGUUUUCUGGUUGGCUUAUUACUCCACUCUUCAUGGCAGAUCUGCCCCUUAUUUGAUAUGUUGUUUCCAUUACCAAUUAACCUCUCUCUUCGCUUGGCCAGAGUUGUAGCAUACCUAUCUCGUGUGCUUGAAUCGGCAUUCACUGCACUAGAAGGUCUUAACAAGCAAGCUUUCCUUGCUGAAUUGUGGAGGGCUGAGGCUGAAGCGUGACAUAACCGAGUAUGGUGAAUUUGUGCUUCGUUUUAAUGCUCCUUCUGUGGAUGAGAAAUUUGAAUUGUUGGGCAUCAUGGCCAAUGUCUUUAUCGUUGGUCCUGAAAGUCCCUCCACCCUAUUUGAGGGUACCCCAAGUAUUCGGAAAGAUGCAGAGAGGUAAAUGUAAUAUUGGCGAUUUUUUAUAUAUUAAAACCCAAAAUGAGUAGCACUGACUGCAGAAUUUUUGUAGAACAUAAUGACUUCAUUUCUAUGGCACGGUUUUUCCACUAAAUAAAAUGCAUUAAAGAAAAUCUCAUGCUAUUACUUAUAUCAACUGUUUAUUUGUGAACAAUACAA